AUGCGGUUCUGUUCAAAUCUAUCUAUCUAUCUAUCUAUCUAUCUAUCUAUCUAUCUAUCUAUCUAUCUACAUAAGUCUUCUGUCCAGAUCUAUCUAUCUAUCUAUUUAUCUAUCUAUCUAUCUAUCUAUCUAUCUACAUGUCUGUAUAGAUCUAUCUCUCAAUCGAUGUUUCUCAGUCUGUCCAGAUCUAUCUAUCUAUCUAUCUAUCUAUCUAUCUAUCUAUCUAUCUAUCUAUCUAUCUAUCUACAUGUCUGUAUAGAUCUAUCUCUCAAUCGAUGUAUCUCAGUCUGUCCAGAUCUAUCUAUCUAUCUAUCUAUCUAUCUAUCUAUCUAUCUAUCUAUCUAUCUACAUGUCUGUAUAGAUCUAUCUCUCAAUCGAUGUAUCUCAGUCUGUCCAGAUCUAUCUAUCUAUCUAUCUAUCUAUCUAUCUAUCUAUCUCACUCUAUUCAGAUCUAUGUAUGUAUGUAUCUAUUUAACUAUCUAUCACAUCCAAGGAAUGUCACGGAGAAAAUCUAUCUAUCUAUCUAUCUAUCUAUCUAUCUAUCUAUCUAUCCCAAAAAUUCCUCAGGAAAAUAUACUCUACCCGCAAAAUCCGUUUGAACUGUUGUAUAACAUAAUCGUCUCUUUUCUCUAUAUCUGA